UGGUGUUAUUGUUAAUGGAGGUGUAAAUCCAGUACCGUCUGGUAUUUCUGUGGAGAGUUGUGGGAUCAAAAUGAGUACAGUGCCAAGUCCAGAGUCUGUUACUGAGCGCAUGAGAAAUGAGGAUUUUGCAGGCGUGUCUGAGUGUGUCAGCGUAGAUGCGAGUCUAUCAGUGGCUAACAAUUCUGCCCAAACUUUAGCCAUUGAGGUUAGUAGCGGUUCAGAGGAAGAACCAACAAGUACUUAUGUCAGAAAGCGCAAGAUUUCUGCUCACACCGGCAUGUCGAAGAAAUCAAAGAGGUUUGAUGUUAUUGAAAUUAACUCAGAUGUAGAAUUUAUUAGUGCUGUAAGGAAUGACGAGCUGGUCUUCUGUCCUCUUGGUGUAGAUGUUUGUCAGGUUUUGUGUACAAAAUUAAAUGUUGACUAUGUGAAGGUCACUGGUCCAGUGUCCAAAGAAGUUGGGUUGACAGGUGUCCCAUGUAGGAAUGAGAAGAUCGUGGCUGAUGGUAACUGCUUCUUCAGAGCCAUCUCUCAGGCUGUGAGUGGUUCACAGAAGCACCAUCGUAAGAUUAGACUGGCAGUGUGUAAAGAGCUGGAGAGGAAUGCAGGUAAAUACCAUAGUAUUUUGAGGAGUGAGUAUUCCUCUGUGUUAGAGUACAUUCAUCAGUCGAGGAUGAGAACUGUUAACACUUGGGCCACAGAGGUGGAAAUACAGGUUACUGCAGAUUGGUUAGGAGUUAGUGUGUGUACAUUCUAUGGUGGACGUUGGCUGAAGUACAGCAGCGACAAUGACCUUUUGUCUGCAGAGUGCAUUUAUUUAGAGAACAUUAUGGGCAAGCAUUUUGAGAAUGUUGUUUGUGUUUGCAAGCCAGGACUACAGACUUGUUACGGUUACUGUAAACUUAAUGAAGUGACAGGUUACGGCAUUAGGUCAAGAAUGAAGGAUAUUGUAGACGGUGACAAGGCCGCAGUAGGAUGUACGUUAGAAUGUGUAGUGUCUGAUAAAAGUGUUGAUAGUGCUGAUGUUGUAGAGGAUGCUACUGAGGUAAAAUCAAGUAGUAAGUCUUUGAGGUCAAAGUAUAUGAACCAGAAGAAAACUACACAGGAGAAAUUGAGCAUGUUGAUAAGGGAGAAACGUCAGUUACGGAGUAGAAAGAUGUAUUAUGAAAAUGUGCUUUUUAGGGAAAGGGCGAAAUUAUGGAGUGUAUCAAACUAUCACGACAAUAUACCACAUAGGGAGAGUGUUAAAGCCAAGAGUAAAUUAAACAGUAUGGUGAAAUAUAGUCAGCCUGCAGCAUAGAGAGAA